GGAGAACGCCAUUCAUUUCUCCACUCUCCUCCCUUUCCUCUUACAAAACUUGUGGCCAUCCAUUUCGCUCCCUCUUUCAAGUGCUAAUUUGACAAAAAGAUCUUCCGUUUUUCCCUCUCUUCAUUGCCUUCCAUGUGCUCUUCUUCCUAUUUAUUCUUGUUUCCCUUAGCCCAAUUGUCUUCUCGAAUCUUCUUUUACCCCCCCAGGCCCCGCUAAUCCAACCCCAUUUCUCAAUUUUCUAUGUUUCGAUCCUCUUUGCUUUCAUUUCCCUCUCUCUCUCUCUCUCUCUUCCUAGUCAUUUCCCACCAUCGUUUUCGUUGUCAAACGUCAAGCCCAUCUUUAAUGGAGCUAUAAUUUGGUCUAGGAAAGGUCAGGAACUUGUUGUUCUUGUUCUUAUUGGUUUCUAAUUUGUGGGGGUUUGGUUUAUUUGGGGCAGUUGUUUUUGGGUUUGUUUUCGUUUUCUUUUUCAUCGUGUCUGUGGAUGAGGGCGGGGAUAUGAAGGCGCUGCUGUUGUAGUUUUAGUGUGGUUGAUUUUGUUGGGAGAGGAAAUGAGAGUGGGGAGCUUCAAUUAUGAGAACACUUUGUGACUCUUGUGAAAGCGCUGCCGCUAUCGUCUUUUGUGCUGCUGACGAAGCCGCCCUUUGCCGCUCUUGUGAUGAGAAGGUCCAUCUGUGCAAUAAACUCGCAAGUCGACAUGUAAGAGUUGGCCUUGCAAGUCCCAGUGAUGUCCCCCGCUGCGAUAUAUGCGAGAAUGCACCUGCUUUCUUUUACUGUGAGAUAGAUGGAAGUUCCCUUUGUUUGCAAUGUGACAUGGUCGUUCAUGUUGGAGGGAAAAGGACACAUAAGAGAUACCUUUUGCUAAGGCAGAGGUUUGAGUUUCCAGGAGACAAACCUAUAAACCUUGGUGAGCCGUCUCCACAUUCCAAGGUUCCCAAUAAUAUUGGUAGAGGGCAUAACCAGACACUGCCGCAUAAAGUCGCCGUGGAAGACAACCAGCGAAAUCAUCACCGAUUAUCGCCUGUUCGGGAGGCUAAUGAUGAUGGUCAUGCAGAGACUGAUACGAAAAUGAUCGAUUUGAAUAUGAAGCCUCAAAGGGUCCAUGGGCAGGCUGCUAAUAAUCAGGAUCUAUGAUCACGAACCGUGAAGUAUAAAUUUGGAUGACACAUUAACACCAUUGCAUCCAGUCCUCCCCUCCCUUCCGAUUCAAACCAGAAGUGGUUCGGUUGCUCGUAGUGGAAACCGACAUUGUUUGUUUCGGUGAGGGGGGCGAGCUUGUUUAGCAUUGUAGAGAAGUGGUUGGGUAGAUUUGAAAGCAAAAGAUAAGAGAAAAGCAGAGCAUUUUAGUGAAAUUGCAGGUGCUGUAAUAUUACAAGUUUAGAGACAGAUCCAGCAGCCGUGGUUGGGAGGGAAGGAUGGUAUAAAACACCCCUUCUUUUGUAUUUGGUUGGAAAAAAGCGCCUACUUUCAUUUUACUUCGGAGUUCAGGUGAGAACUGAAAUGGAUAGAGGAAGCUUGCUUGCCAUUAUUUAUUGCU